GUGCAGGCUUGUUUUACAUUGCAGAUUAUUGAAAUGUGGCAUUUGACUUCGCGAAUGACGUAAGAUUCAGUGUAUUAUAUAAGAGGGAAUAUAUUUCAUCAAAUGGAUAGACAGAAAACAUGUUUAGAAGGUUUCUUGUGAUUCUGAUCAUCACCUGCCUACUUACUGAGGAAGUUGAGGGAUGGAGGCGAAUUAGAAAAUUCUUUAGAAAAGCAGGAAGAUUUAUAGGGAGAAAAGUCAUACCAACAGUUGCAAAAGUAGGGGCGGUAGUCGUUAAGGCAAAAAGCGCCCAUGAAAACAUCAAAGACACUUUUGAAAAGGGAAAAGAUACAGGGGAGAGGAUAGAAAGCGCGGGAAAGGUAGUGAAAGAUGCCAAAGACGUCCUAGACAUAAUAAAAUCUUUUAAGAAGCGUUCAACAAUUGAGGAAACCUCUCAGUUGAAUUUGUGCGAAUUUUCGACAUUUGACUGGAACCAAGACAGGAAAAUCACCGAAGCAGAAAUUGCAGUCUUGAUUGAGGCGACUGGACUGGUAGAAUUAGAUGAGCUCUUCGACAAAAUGGAUCUUGAUCAAGAUGAUACAGUCACAAUGGAGGAGUUCUUGAACUCGAAUUUCAUCAAUGAACUCUGUCGGUAGAUGAUGAAAACCAACCUGUAACUAUUAAAUGAUAAAAGAUAAAAGCACCUAUAUAUAUAUAUAUAUAUAUAUAUAU